AUGUAUUCUCUCUCCCAUGAUGGACUCCACAGGAGUGUUCGCCCUUCUUAUGCCAAUACAGGUGUCACUCGUCAAUUUAAUUAUUUUUCACAAGCUCUCACUGCUCAAACUCCAGUCUUUGCUUCUCUUCUCUCCAAAGAUGGCCAAUAUUAUUACAAUCAUUUUCGAGAUUAUUUCAUGCAAUUCGAUACUCUCUCCAUGUCCUUCACAUAUAUCAUUCAAACGUCACAUGGAACUUCCAUGGGUAUGACCGAGGAUGAUUCUGGAGUCGUUCGGUCAGCCACUCAUCCCAAUAGUGGAUUAGUGAGUUUUAAUCCCAAAACAAGACAAUUUAGAGAUUAUGGAUUUGUCUAUAAACAGACAUGGUACAUGUAUCAGAGAACUAUUGCCGCGGAUGAUUUAGGAUUAAUUUAUAUUGCGAUCGGUUCCGCAAAGAGUCAAUUUGUGUGUUUUCACCCAAAUACUACUCAGUCUUGGCCAUUGUUGUGUGAAAGUCAACGAAUUGCUGGAAGUCCAUGGUUGUAUCGAGACAAUGAUGGAAAAGUUUAUGGACUGAAUGUGAAUUCGAGUCCCAUUUACAAGUUUUACAUUACUGGAACUCAAUAUUUGUUUUAUGGAAAUUUCCAAUCUGGGAAGGUGUUGAAGUCGUUUGAUCCAGAAUCGAAAACAUUCUCCAUUCAAUAUCCUAAUAAUGGAUCCAUUCCAGGGAACAUCGUUACACUCAGUUUUAACUAUACAAGUCAAGGUGCGACCUUCAUUGACAUGAGAAUGACACCUGACGGCAAAUACAUUUCUGGUGCGUCACAAUUUCCAAUGAAUUUCUUUACCAUGGAUGAGAAUGGAAAUUUCACCAAUUAUUUAGCUUGGGAUCAAUUCAAUGUUGUCAAAUCUGUUCCAUUCGAUUCAAGAUACAUGUUUUUUGGCUCCUACUCCGAUGGCUCCUUAUUGCAAUACGACACAACUCGUCCAAGGGUGAACGCUGAACUCGGUAACAAUGUUUCGAAUCCAAUUUUACUAGCAUCAGCAAAUCCACACAUUAUUCGACCUAGUUGCAUCGUCAUUCAUCCCAAUAAGGAUUUAGUUUUGAUGAACAGGUGGUGGUCUUCUCCUCUGGAGUCGAAUGAAAUCUCAAGCCAUUGUUUUAAAUCACACACAACUCACUGA